GCCGGCCGCAGCUGGGGCUUCGGGGCCGGACUCGCUGCCCCCGCCCUCCUCCUUUGAGCGCUCGGGGCGGAGCCGGGCGGGCGCGCGGGGCUCCCGCCCCUCUCUCGGCGGUCACCUGGGGCCGGGCGCAGCAGGUGCCUGCUCUGGCACCCAGCGCCGGGAACGCGGAGCGCACGCCGGAAACCGCUGCACUUCGGGUGGCCCUGGGAGGCGGCAGCUGGGUCCAACCCCGGAAUUCCGGAGGCGACCGCCAGGACCUAGCCCGCGGAGGAAGGUCCUGCGAGGAAACCGGCUCGCUCCGCCCCACCUUUUGCAAAAGACUCGGAGUUGAAUCAUUGGGAAUUUGCCACUAGGGAUCAGCGCGGCUGCCGUGAGAAUCACGGGGAAGAGGGAACCUGCGGUUUAAACACUGUUGAAGAGACGUGACACAGCAGUGCAGUCCGUCUGCGAACGUUGGUUGGAUCCUGAUUCGAAGGGGAGAAGUUCAUGAAACAUUGAGCCAAUAAAAGAAAUGUGUACUGAGCUUGUUCACACUGGUAUGCCAGGUACCAAGAGUGAGAUCACUGAAGGCAGUAAAAUUGAAAUUGGAAGACUGUCAGCCAAGAAAGACCUACUAGAGGAAGCAGAGGAUGGAAAAUAAAGUGAAGCAGUGUUUUGUUGUGUGUAUUUCAGCAGGCCUUCUGCAGUUCAACUAAAAACAUGACUGCUCUUUCUUCCGGGAACUGCUCUUUUCAGUACCAGUUACGUCAAGCAAAUCGGUCCCUAGAUGGUAACUGUCUGCUAUUCUUGAUAAUACUUGGGAAAGUAUUACUAAAUACCCUCACACUAGGAAUGAGAAGAAAAAACACCUGUCACAAUUUUAUGGAGUAUUUUUGCUUUUCACUAGCAUUCAUUGAUUUUUUACUUCUAGUAAACAUUUCCAUUAUAUACUACUACAGAGAUUUUGUACUUUUAGGUGUUAGGUUUACUAAAUACCACAUCUGCCUAUUUACUCAAAUUAUUUCAUUUACUUACGGUUUUUUGCAUUACCCGGUUUUCCUGAUAGCUUGUAUAGAUUAUUACCUGAAUUUCUCUAAAACUCCAAAGCUUGCAUUGAAAUGCAAAAAAAUAUUUUAUUUCUUUACAGUAAUUUUAAUUUGGAUUUCAGUCCUUGCUUAUGUUUUGAGGGAUCCAGGUAUCUAUCAAAGCCUGAAGGCACAGAGUGUUUAUUCUUAUCAAUGUCCUUUCUACAUUAGCAUUCAGAGUUACUGGCUGUCAUUUUCCAUGGUGAUGAUUUUAUUUAUGGCUUUUAUAACCUCUUGGUCAGAAGUGAUUGCCUUGGUGCAGGCUGUUAGGAUGACUUCCUAUAUGAAUGAGACUAUCCUGUAUUUUCCCUUUCCUUCCCAUUCUAGUUAUACUCUGAGCUCUAAGAAAGCACUCUUGCCCAAGUUCAUUAUCUGUUUUCUCGGUACCUGGCUACCAUUUGUACUACUUCAAGUAAUUACCCUUCUACUUAAAGUACAGAUUCCAGCAUAUAUUGAGAUGAACAUUCCGUGGUUGUACUUUGUCAAUAGUUUUCUCAUUGCCACAGUUUACUGGUUUAAUUGUCACAAGCUUAAUUUGAGAGAUGUUGCAUUACCUGCGGAUCCUUUCGUCAACUGGAAAUGCUGCUUCAUUCCACUUACAAUUCAUAAUCUUGAGCAAAUUGAAAAGCCUAUAUCAAUAAUAAUUUGUUAAUGUUGCCAUGUGAAAACUAAUUCAAACUGACAACUACAAUAAGAAUCAUAAUUUGACAAAUGGGAAAGAAUGACUCAGGACAUACAAAGAUUGAACUGAAACCGCCCCCCACCCCAUGCCUCCAGCCCCAACUUUCAUACCUUUUCACAAUGUGUCUUUUGGGACUAUGGUAUUAAAAACAAAAUAAUUCCAAGAAAAAUGUUUAUGCCUGUUCUGGAACACUGCAUGUUGCAAAUACUAAUUUAGCAAAGAAGUGAAACGAGUUAAUAUUUGGCCAGUAAUACUGAUCUGUGUUACCCAAAAAAUUACUGGAUGCAAACUGUUAUGUAAAUCUGAGAUUCACUGCCAGUAACAUACAAAUGUAACUAAACACUUUUAUUAAAUUCAGAGCAAGAAAAUCAAGAUCAUUUUCUGAAAAUUAUUUGAUAUAAAUAUUCUUUAACAUAAGGGGAAGAGGGAGUAGCUCAAUUUAAAUUUACGUAAUUGAAAAAAAAAAUGAUCUCUGUUCUUAAUGCAGAUAAUCCUGGAAGAAAAGUUUUAGUUGCUCACCUUACAGAAUUGGGAGUAGUGACUAGGUCUCUUUCCAUGACAUACCAGAUUCAUUUUCAUUUAUAACUUGCAUGUCACAUACUUGCAUGUCAAAUCAUAAUCACAUUGGCAGUGUAUCACACGGUAAAAGUAAAGGAGGGCUUCUUAUCCUCAGCACUAUUCACAUUUUGGGUCGGAUAACUUUUUGUUGGAGACUUCCCUGUGCAUCGUAGGAUAUUUAGCAGCACCCCUUCCCUUUGCCCACUAGAUGCCAAUCAAAAUGUCUCCAGACACUGCCAAACUUACCCCGGUGGGCAGAAUUGCCCCCCUCUUGAGAACUGCUAGGGUAAAUCAAUCCAAAUGGCAGAAUCAUCUGAAGUCACUUUGUUACAGAUUUUGUUUAAUCUGUCACAAUUUCUGAAUUUGGUCCCUUCUCUGGGUUACUAAGUGUACCACUUUCUAAUUCGCCAUUACAUAGGACUGAGAUACUUUUUUUAAUAAAGUUUUUUAACUAUAUUUAUUUUUUGAGAGAGAGAAAUAGAGAGCAAGUGGGGGAGGGGCAGAGAGACAAUCCUAAGCAGGUUCUGCACUGUCAGCAGAA